AAGUGAGGCUCCAUCAAUAUAAGUCACGUUUUUUAAACAACAUUGGAUAUAAGUUAGCUUAAGUUCUUAACAGCCACAAGAAUAUGGAGUAAAUAUGAGUUAAUUGUGCCACCAUGACAGGUUGCCAAAAAGCAUGAAAAGACAGACUACAAAUACCUAAAAGAUCUAUAUAAACGUGACAUAUUCUUUUGAAAUAUGAUAUACUGACUUUAACGGGAAGAUGAAGAACAAUUUUCAAUAUGCUCUAUUGAUACGAUUUUUUAUGAUCUUGAAUGUGUUUCCCGAAUUCUUCGGUUGUCAAGACAUUUGUAAGCAACCUGAAUUAAAUAAAUUUGAAAAUCUAAUUUCUCAAAGUGACUCAUAUCGAUAUUCUCAUUAUUUCAGUUAUUCACAAAGAAUUAGACUCAAUCAGUUCCAUCCAGUUGUGAACGGUAGUUUUACCAAAAUUUAUGGUACCACAGAUAUUGAGCUGAAUUUCCCAUUUAAAUAUUAUAGUAAUCAUGUCAAGAAUUUGAGUAUUUACACGAAAGGUGAGAUAAGUAUAUAUGGUGAUCAUUACCUUGGAGAUAUUCUAAGUUUUAUAACAAGCAAAUUACAUUAUGAACUUGAGGUUCUAAAUACCAAGGAAUUAUUCGUUGUCAAAUCGUAUAUUAUACACAAAGUUGAUCCUAUAUAUGUUGCAACCAAAAUAACCAACCUGAUAUAUCCGAAUGGAAAAAUAUCUAUCUAUUUUGAAACGGUUCCUACUGAUGUUGAGAAAACGGAGUGGAUUUCGGAAAUUAAAUAUCAACACCAGUGUGGAAAAAAUGUUACUGAAUUUGAGAUAUUGGUACCCGUAAACUGGAUCACAAGUGGCACGUUGGUGGAGUUUGAAGUCAUCGGGGAAACGUGUCCAAAAUACAAUUCCACUGAAGUAUGCCAAAAGGCAAAAUCAUCGAAUAUGAAAUGCAUUUGGUGUGAAAAGGCUAAAAAAUGCAUAGAGAGUAAUGAUCAGGGUACUCAUGAAUUGAAAGUUAAUGAUUGCCGUAUUAAGAAGACACGGAUGUUAACGAUCAGACUACGUCAACAUCCAUCAUUCUUACUGAAAAGACAUCGAUGAUCAAUGAAACCCAAGUUAAACAAAACUUGAAGGCGACUACCAAAGAAUUGGAUCAACAUCUGAAUAUCACUACUGGACUAACCAAAGAGAAUACACAAAGCACAUCGUUUCAGAACACAUAUGUUGUUGUUCCUUUGGUCGUAUCAUUUUUCUUUUUUUGUAUCAGUAUUGUGAUUUCUGGAUGGUUGUAUAAAAAGAUGAAAAGUAGAAAAUGAUUUUCAGCAACGUCUUCGAAUGGCUUUAUAUAUUCCGAUCAUGUUUUGUUCCUAUUUCGUUUAUCACAUAAAAACUUUAAACAUGA